GGGGACCGUGCGGUGUCCCGGCGGGCAGGGCGGGCGCCGCGGCUGCAGGUGCGGCCGAAGCCGAAGCCGAAGUCGAAGCCGAAGCCGAAGCCGAAGCCGAAGCCGAAGCCGAAGCCGAAGCCGAAGUCGAAGCCGAAGCCGAAGCCGAAGUCGAAGCCGAAGCCGAAGCCGGGCGGCAGGCAGGCAGUCUGAGGCGGCGGGAUGUUUCGGUGCAUUUCGCUCCGGAUUAAGCUCUUCCCAAAGCCGUCCGGCGAUCUGAGCGCUUCCGUGUGAAGGGCUGCGCGGCUCCCCAGCGCCGUGCCGGCGGGACAACGCCGGGUUUUGGUCGUCGCCGGUGCCUUGCCCCUGCCCGGUACCGGCGGGGAGCGCAGCCUCUGCUGCAGCGCCGGAACGCGGGGGCUUCGCUGGCUUCGGUGCUGCCGAGUCCUUCUUUUACAACAAACUGCGGGGUACAGCGGAUCAAUACGCUCCUGUUACGCCUGCGGUACUUCACAACAACAAAAAAAUGAAUGUUUUCCCAUCAUGUCUCUCCAUGCAGUAGCUCUGGCCAGCUACAGCACAACAGAGGUCUUCAAGCACCCCUGCUCGAAAAAGUUAAACCACGGAAGCCUAAAGGUGGCUUUCACCGAGUCAACGUAUUCUUCAAAUCCCUCAGCGAGGAUUAGCUGCCUUGCUCCGACACCUCAAAUCUCCGUUCUCUCAGAUGAAUACUCAAGGCCAGCAGUGAUUGGACAUGCUGGAAGUUUUGGAUCAUACCCAGACAGUGCUGAAGCUAUCAAAGACAUUCUCGUGUCUGUUUUAAAUGCGUCUGGUUUGAAGCCCUCUUUGGCACUGGAGCAGACCACAAUGCAGGGAGCUGAGCAUCUGGACAGUGAUGUGGAGCAGUGGGAAGAAAGCAGCGACGGGGAUAGCCAUGACGACAGCGAUUCUGCACAUCACAACGCUGCCUGUACACAAACAGACAUUCGGUUUACAAGGCACCGGGCCUGUUGGGACAACACGUGCUGCAAUUCCUCUAAGCCCUCACUGGAUACUUUCUUUUGUCCCCGUUACUCUGACAGGGAUUCUGCUGCUUCCUCCUUGAAUGGUUUCACUCUUUCAGACGUGUGCCCUCUGAAGCAGGACUGCUUUACCCAGGUGACGUUAACAGGAGGCACUGUCACAUCAGCUGUUGUGCAUUCUGGAAAAGAGCAUUAUAACUCUUCAGAAAGAGACUUGGCUUUCACAGGGCUUCUUCCAGAUCCAACUGUUGGUAAGCCAGCAGAUGUGUUGAAAUACCCUGAUGCUUUGGAGCCUGCGCCUGUCAGCAGUGGUGACAGCAAUUCUCCCAGUGGACUUUCCCAGUCAGAGCCAGUCAAUCCAACAGAUUCUCCUUCUCCUUUGAACAUAAGUGCUAUACUCCUGAAUCGCUCAUUGCAGGACAUCUGCAUGCUUCCAGAAGAUGUAGAGAAGGAAAACGCGCACUUUUUUGUUGCAGAUAUGAUUAUAGCAUCGCUAGAAAAAAUGAAAUGUAAUAUCCUAAGCCAACAAGCAGAGUCCUGGGGUGUGGAGGAAGCGAGUGGAUCAGAUGGCAGCUAUCACACUGAUUUGGUGUUAUCUUCUUACCCUGGAGUGAAGAAGUCUGAUUCUUCUGUUGCCUCUUCAGACAGUGGCUAUGAAGGCAGUGCUCUGCUGCCCGUCAGCUCCCCAGUGCAUCUGCCAUCACGUCAUGAGGCUACCAGAUUUCGUUGCCACAGUGACUCAGAGGAUGAAUAUGUAAUUAUUGAACUUGAAGACCUUGAAAAUCUGUCUGUCGCCCCAGAUGAAAGAUCAUCUUUUGAACCGGGCAGCAAUUCCGCUGAAGCGACAGCCCAGGAGUUGUGUAGAGCUUUCAGAAAACACUGGUUGCAGACAGACUCUUCAGUCCAACUGUCUGGUUGCCUGAGCUCGUCUAAGCAGAGGUCUGUGCUGAAAGAAGAGAUUCCAAGAGAGCUUGAGUCCAGUUUGAAUCUGGCUGAAGAAAUAAAGAUCAUAUCCAAAUUAAGAGGAUCUUCUGGCUGGUCUCCACCGAGAUCUCAGAUUAUAUUUAAUAUUCACCCUUCAGUCAAGAGAGAUGCAGUGGUGGCUGCCCAAAACUUUACAUGUGUUGGUUGUGGAACUCCAAUAGAAAGCAAAUAUGUUGGGAGACUCCGCUAUUGUGACUACCUGGGGAAAUACUUCUGUGACUGCUGCCACAGCUAUGCCCAGUCUUCCAUUCCUGCCCGAAUACUUUUGAAGUGGGACUUCAAAAAAUACUACGUAUGCAACUUCUCCAAACACCUACUGGACAGCAUAUGGCAGCACCCAAUUUUCAAUGUGUCGUGUGUUAACAAAGCCCUCUACACAAAAAGUAAAGAAAUGGACAGGGUGAGGGAGGCACAAGAACAGCUUUUUCAUUUGAAAAAGCUUUUGAAAACCUGCAGGUUUGGUGAAAGCGUACUGAAAGAAUUUGAACAGGUCCCCAGUCACCUGACAGAGGAGCUGCAUCUCUUCUCACUGGAUGAUCUGGUGAAGAUCAAACGAGGGCAGUUACUGCCCCUUCUUAAAGAUAUUCUGAAGAGCUCCACCUCCCACGUGGAUGGUUGUGAGCUCUGUCAAGCGAAGGGGUUUAUCUGUGAAUUCUGUCAGAGUGCAGAUCUGCUCUUUCCAUAUCAGAUUGCCAAAUGCAAAAGGUGCACAGAGUGCAAAACAUGCUUUCACAAAGCGUGCUUCAAGUCUGGAGGCUGCCCAAAAUGUCUACGGAUUGCAGCUCGGAAGACGUUUUCAGAAACUCCGUCACCGGCGCCUCUGUGAAACUGGAUUCCUCUGACUGCUGCUUUCAAAAGAUGCUCAAAGCCAAAUCUUCAGGUGCCUGACUAAGAAUUAAAUAAUGUUGUUUUAGACAUUACUAUUUUUAAUGAGUGUCUCCUUUAUGGGGGGUAAAAAAGGAAAAAAAGAAGGGGGG